AUGACCCUAGUGCCAGGAAGUAGCAAGGAUGGACCUUGGUCUGGAGAUAGCCCAGACUCUUCAUGGCAUGCGGAAAGUCUCCGGUUGACGAAUCCUCUCUCAAGGAACAGAGAGGAGACUGGCAGAUGUGAAGGUCAGCAGGCUGCUCAGGUGUCUCCAAAGCCCCGCCUGCCCUCUAUUGUGGUAGAGGUCUCAGAGGGGAACGAGGAAGACCAGGAGGAUUGCCAGUGGCCACAUGAGGAGUUGCUGCUGCUCACUGAUGGUGAAGAGGAGGAAGCAGAAGCCUUCUUCCAGGACCAAAGUGAAGAGUCAGGUUGGGCUUGGAUCCCACGGGACCCAACAUCUCCUUUAAGAACGUUUAACCCUGGUCUCAGCUGGGAGCAUGAACAAGAGGAUGCCUCCUGGAUUACUGAUACAGAGGGUCAAGAAACUCCCAACCCCUGUCCUCUUUGGGACCCAACAGGGUCCUGUACCUACAGAACCCAGUUUGUGGGAUAUUCCAAUUUCCCACCUACCAGUACCUUUGGAGGAGCUGAAGAAGAAGUUAUUCAAGCGCCGGAGGGUGCUGAGCAGGGAUCGGCGACGAAAGCGCCAGGUGGUCGGGGCUGUGAUAGACGAAGGGCUGACUACAAGGCACCACCUCAAGAAGCGGGCGUCCAGUGCACGUGCCAACAUCACGCUGUCCGGGAAGAAGCGCAGGAAACUCCUGCAGCAAAUCCGUCUUGCUCAGAAAGAAAAAGCAGCCAUGGAAGUGGAAAACCCCUCCAAGUCAUCCAGGACUAGUGAGCCACAGCCUAAGAGACAAAAGAAGAUGAAAGUUCCCCAGGAUGUAGAUAUGGAGGAUCUGGGAGAUGAGAGCUAAAGCCCCUACCUCUGCUAUGAGAAGAUUCUCAACAGCAACCAGAGGAUUUGGAGGACUUUGGAGAAAAUACUACCAUAUUCACUCUCCCAGACACCCUCUGAUGGCCCACCGACCUUCCCUGGAGUUAGAUACUGGAAGGGAAGAAGACACAGAAAAAGUCUGGAGAUGUUCCGCUCUAGCAGCCAACUCCUUUCGUAAUAAAGCCCUGGAGGUUUAA